AUGUCGAACCAGCAGGUGGGCACGGUGUUCGAUCGUGUCAUCCAGGAGGUCUGUGAUGGCUCCCAGGUGGACUUCGAGGAAAGUGGUGUGGACCAGCAAACACUGUUAGAUUUGCGCAAGAGCUGGCAGAAGAAGCUCUCCUCAUUGGGUGUCGCUCACUUCCCUUGGGAUCCGCCGCCGCCGCAAGCUGCUCCCCCUCAGACACAAAAUAUCCUCCCUCCCACCGCAACUGUGCCGUCAAAUGCUCCUCGGCCUGGUCCACCCCCUCAGCCACAGCAUCAUGUUCCUCCUCCCCCUCCUCAACAGCAACCCAUCCCUCAGUCCGUCCCCGCUACGGCACCUCCGCUCCAAGCUCCUACUCCGGUUGGGGCCGGCCCCAAUGCCAUGGGUCAACAACAACAACCUCACAUCAAGACCGAACCUGGCGUCAACGGUCAGCCUGGGAUGAUGCCGAUGAAUAAUAUGAUGAUGCCAAACUCAUCCAACCCACAGUCUGCUCAAGAACGGGCUGCCAAUAUGCUUCGUCAGCGUUACGGAGCUGCAGCCGCUAACUCAGUCAGUCAGCUGCAAGCACAGUCACAGGCCCAAGCAGCCAUGGCCAUACCUGGCCAGCCGCGCCCCCAACCUAUGCAGCAUGUACCCAACGGGCAGGCUCCACAGAUCAAGCAAGAACCGGGGUAUCCCCCUGUGUCUCAACCCCCUGUCGGCAAUACUCAAACGGACGGUGCCGGUGAUGAUGCCUUGUCUGCAUGGAAGGCUGAGGUUGCACGGAGGCGGGAAGCUGCCGAACGCCAGGGAGGAGAAGGUGAUCGUCUCCUUCGUGACCAUCUCAGACAACAGAUGCUCCAGUUAGAAGGCGGUGGUCUGAUGCUGCCUCUCGACGAGCAUGACUACUCAUCGAAGACUUCGACUCGUGGGCUGGUGGCUACCCAAGCAGAGCCAGCUGAUGUGUCAGCAGUUGCUGGUUCCUCAUCUCAUCCACCCAAGGUCCUCGGUGCUCAAUUCGACGGCCCCGGUGGUGAUGAUGAAAGGGAUGAGGAUGAUGAGGAUGCCAUCAAUUCUGAUCUUGACGACCCUGACGACCUUGUUGCUGAGGAUCAUGAUGCAGAAGAUGCCGUAGGCCAGGUCAUGCUUUGCACCUAUGACAAGGUUCAACGUGUGAAGAACAAGUGGAAGUGCACCCUCAAAGAUGGUAUCCUGACCACUGGUGGCAAGGAGUACGUCUUCCACAAAGGUCAAGGAGAAUUCGAGUGGUAG